AUGAAUUAAUUACCAAAAGAGUCGAUUAUAAAGUUGUAAUCACACAUAAACAAAGAAGUUGUUAUAUAAUUUUAAGGAGGAAGAUAAGUCAAAGGAACCUUGUUAUCAUUUGAUAAUCAACUCAAUCUAGUAUUGGAUGAAGUGAGAGAAUUGCCAUCACAAAGAAUAUUAGGACUUGUAAUUUGCAGAGGAGCUUUGAUAAAUAGUUUUGCAAUUGAUGGAAUGGUAGAAAUUGAAAAUCCAUAUAUAUGA